GUGUAUCACUCACUGUGUUCAUAAACGUAUCCUAAGUCGAUUGAACGACCACAGCCGACCGACUCAGUCAUUCGCAGUCAUUCGAUUUCCGGCAAUCGCACGUGAAUUGACGGAGGUCGAUGCUGUUCACGGAUAAUAAUAUUCGGUUUAAACUAUUAAAGCAUGGUCAACGGGCAUGGAGCCGAAACACGUGCUACCGACGCCAUCAACGCAUUUGCAGUCAUUUGUGACCACGCCAGAAUGGCAUCUUCUGCAACUUUUUUGUUUCCUGAAGAUAUUUAAGAUGGCUAACAUCACGGUAUUUGAUGAGUUCAAAGAAAUUGUUUUUACUCUUAAUAGUCGCGGUAACUUGACCUUCAUUUCCUUGCGACAAUAUUUUCCAAAUGCUCAAGGUUUAUGUUAUUACGAUGAUGUUCAUAACAUACAUGGCUUAACAGUUUCAUCUGGGGAAAUUAUAAUAAACCCUGAAGUAGAUAAAUAUGAGGUCUUUAUUACCAAAGACGAUAUUUCAACAAUCAAAUCCUCCGAACGUAAGAGACGCCGAGUUGAUGAGAUAUUGCGUGAACUAUGUAGCAGUAGAGGUAAAAGUUCCGGUAAACAAAAUCAACAUGAAAGUGAAGAGAAGAAGAUUAAAAUGAAUCAUUCCACAAAGGUAACUCGCCAUUUAUCAAAACAUCGAAGCAUCCAUGUAGGAUGGCUGCAUAAAUUGGGACCUGAUGGUAAAUACCUCCAGAUGAAGAAGCCUGUAGGUGGCAUCAAGGAAAUCACAUUGCUCACUUCACAGAAUUACUUAGUUGAAGAUAUAAAGGAUUUGGCCAUUCAGGCUUUUACAGUAAACAACAAUUGCCCCAACCUUAAAAAGCUUCAGGUAAAACUUGGAUUUUUCGAUGGUACUGUGAUCACAAAAUUUCAAAAGCACGAUGGUGAAGCUUGUGAUUUAUGGACCUAUUGUAAAGUUAACGAUCAAAAAUAUCAUUUCUAUCUUUUAACCAUUGAAACUGAAAUUGUCCAAGCUCUUGCUCAAAAUGAAGAUAAAUUUGGCCGUGCAAUUUUAUUUAAUAAUGAUAGUUCAACUAAGGAUGAUACAAACUUUGACACAGAUUAUUCAUAUGAUCAAAGCAAAGAGAACAAUGAAUUAUCAAAUACCCAUGAUAUUGAAGCACAGAAAACCACUUACGUCAAUGAUAUCCAAAUUUAUUAUCAUUAUAUUCGACAGUCGAAAUAUUCAGGAUCAGCAUCAAUCAUGGAGGUUGAUAAGAAAGAUCUUUUUAAUAGAUACCAAAAUAAUUCUCACCAUCAAGAUCUUCUGUUUGGCGAUUUUGACCCUACAGACUAUGGCUUUCAAAUAAGCAAGAUAGUUAAAGAUGAUCGAGUUCUACUAGAUAUUCAGAUAGGAGAUGAUUUAAAAAGAAUAUACUCGUUUCCUUCAGCCGCUCCUGAAGCUAAUGAACAUGGUAUUUUACAUAACAUUGAUGAAAUCCAAGGGAAAUAUUACGGCAAGUUUGGUUUUGGCAUUAUUCCAAAAUGCACUGAUGAAUGUAACCCUACUUUUACAUGGUAUAAGGACGGGAAGGUAUUCAAAUCAGGGAAAUUUUUGUACUGGAUCAAUCAUGAUUUAAAUAUAUUGGACAAUGUGUUUAACAGUAAGUGGAGUUGUACUAUAAGCUGUGAAAAAUUGUCUUCAAUGAAGUCAGAUUCAGUUGAUAAUAAUGAACAUGCGAAAACUUCUAUCAUAAGUCCUUACCAAAAUGUUUCAAUGCCUAUCAUAAAACGGGAUCAAAUACAGUUAACUAGGACUAUAAUAGGAGCUGGUGCGCAAGGGACCGUUCGUAAAGGAAUAUGGCUUGCUACGAAUGUUGCCAUCAAAACGAUAAAACUUUGUACAUCAAAUACAAAGAAUUUGUUGAGAGAAAUUGAGUUGUUGGACCGCAUACGCCAUCCAAACAUCAUACAAGUUUUGGGAAUUUGUUUAGAAGCCAACCAAUUUCAUAUUGUGAUGGAAUGUUUCGAUAGUUUCUCAUUGUCCGAUAUUAUUUUUGAACAGUCCACUAAGGAAGAGUUUAUUUCAACUACUGAAAAGAAAAAUCAAAUUGGAAUUCAGAUAUGCCAGGCAAUAACAUAUUUGCAUAGUCAAGAAAAUCCGAUCAUUCACAGGGAUGUAAAGCCAGAUAACAUUUUAGUGAGUAAGGAAUGUCUCGUUAAACUUUGUGACAUGAGUUUAAGUAAAUUUACCCAAAUGUGUUCCGCAGUAAGAAGUACUGUGGGUACAAAAUCUUUGAAAGGAACUCCGCUUUAUAUGGCACCCGAAUUACUUCUUAAAAAAGGAGAAGCCACUAUAUAUUCAGAUAUGUGGGCUUUGGGUUGUACGUUGAUUGAGAUGUAUAGUGAGAAGUUUGUAUGGGAUUUGAAUGAUACUGAUCUUAAAACAAGUUUGGAACAACAAUUAACAAAUGAAAAAGUACCUGAUUUUAAUGUAGUUCCUUUUCAACUCACAACUAUAAUCAAACAAUGUUUUGAUUACGAACCAAAGAAGAGACCACACGCCAUCGAUAUCGUCAAUGUUUAUGAAAGCAUCAACUAAAAAUUGGUGAUAUUAGCCAUCUUACCUAGUAUUAGACUAUGCUGACAUUUAUUUCGUAUUUUCUAUAUCAUAUUUGUAAUGCCUACAAACUUUUCAGUUGUUUACGCGCGUUCCUACUCUUUGUGAUAAUAUAACCCUUUCUUUGUAGGGAUCCACCACUUUGUAUCAGUGGGUUGUCAGUAGCUGACUAUACAAAAAAAAAGUUCAGUUUUUAUUUUGUAAAAGAUAAUAAUAAUCUUAUUAUAGACGGUAUAAGAUUGCCUCGCAAGUAUGUGAAGACUGAUAUUUUUCUACACCAGAUCUUUGCGCUGUUCUUUGUGAUAAAAGUUUCUGGAUGUACUUUUAAUUAUCUAAGAUUACUACGAAUACCGUACUUACCUGAUUAUUGAAAUAUAUUAAAACAUAUAUUAUUGAAAAUAAAUACUUUUCCUAAUAUUA